UGAGGUCGGGUAUGUUCCGGGUGAUGGUCGGGUAUGAGGUCGGGUGUGUUCCGGGUGAUGGUCGGGUGUGGGCUCGCGUGUUCCGGGUGUUACUCUCUGUUCCGGGUGAUGUGGCAGGAGGCGGUGCUAUGUAUGAGGCGGAUGCGGCCUGGUCGUGUUGUUCUUCCCCGGUCUCUGGUCAUUUCUCCCGCCGUUCUGCAGUCGCUGCUCCCGGCCUCCUCCGCCGUCUCUCCCGGUAUCAUGGACGGGAUGUGGCUCCUCUCCGGGGCCUGUAUCCUCUUCACACUCACCAUGUUCUCCAGCGGCCUAUCGGACCUCCGUGUGAUGGUAUCUAAGCGCACUGUGGAUAAUGUCCAGUUCUUGCCGUUCUUGACAACAGAUCUGAAUAAUCUGGGCUGGCUGUAUUAUGGCUUCCUGAAGGGGGAUGGGACACUGAUCACAGUGAACUCGAUCGGAGCCUCCCUACAGACUGUGUAUAUUGUGGCCUUCAUACUCUACUCAGCGGAGAAGCGUCCUCCCAUAUAUCAGGUGCUCUUGUCGCUGGGAGUCCUGGUUUUGGGGUACAUCUAUUUCUACCUCUGGAUCCCAGAUGUAGGCGCUCGUCUUAACCAGCUGGGUCUGUUCUGCAGCGUGUUCACCAUCAGCAUGUACCUGUCCCCGCUCACCGACCUG